GCGUCACUACGCAUGACGCUGCACCAGCCCGUCCCUGACGCCGCCAACCCCGAGGAGCUGUGCAGCGGUACAGCACUGCCAGUCACACUGACAGCCUGUCUCAGACAGCAGCCAGCCGUAGCCUCACCACUGUGCUGUCCCUUCGUCUCUGGGGCCCGAGUCCAACACUUCCCCUGCACCUAAUUGCUGAUCCCCAGCCAGGGGCGUUUUAGUCUGGUCCUCUGCUCUCUUUGCCUGGACGGCUGGUGGUGCCUUCAGGGCAGGCUGCAUGGACAGACACCGCUGGAUGACGUGACCUGAUGACACCACUGGAAGUCCGACAGGGUUGUCAGCCGGCAUGUCUCAGUGAAUGUCUGACGGCGGGAGAUCCCAGCUGCACUGUAUCAGAGAGUCACAGACAAUCAACCGGGAGCUGUGUGCGAGGUGAAGAAGAAAGCUGCUUGGGUGAUGGAGGGGACUAGCAUCAACUCCACCACCGGUGACAAGAACACGUGCUCCAUCCCUGUGCUUCUGUAUUCACCACUGAUGCAUGUACUACACGUGUGGCCAUUGUGCUAAUAAUAAUAAUAAUAAUAAUAAUAAUAUCAAUCUGUAGGGCCUAUAUGUUAAGGUAAACAUAGAGGAAAUAAAAUAUUUGUCUCUUUCCUCCAUAUUUGCUUUCUCUCAGCCAUUUGCAUGUCUGGAGGAAGGGAUGGGGAGGGAAAAGGGCAGAAACGCAAGGUGGUGCCGCUCUGCUCCUAAGACAAUGCACUAAAAUGUUAAAUAUUACAACAUAUAUCUCUAUGUUGUUCCCCUAAUGGGCAUAGGAACAAAAAUUUUAAUGGGGGGGUGGUUAAGGCAAAAUGCCAAGGGCUACUGCCUGAAGCCCCUUUUUCUCAUGUUUGGUAUGUCGUUUUAUGACAGUAGCAACAGUGACUGUAGAUAUACAAAUACCCCCAAUCCUAUGCAGAGGCGUAACUAGCACGGGGCGAGCAGGGCACGUGCCCUGGGCGCCGUGGCUAGCCCAGCAGAGGGGAGUGCCAUCGGCCCCUGCACGGCCCUCUCGCCCCAUGCGCCCUCCACAGUCUGUCUGGCACUCCGUUCCUCCCAGCAUGCAGCCACAUAGCCCGGCUGCCCCGCCGCCAAGAGCACAGCUGUGUUAGCUGUGUCUCCGUUUCCCCACGUCCUCGGCGGCUCAGCUGUUUAAUAACAGCAGCCGCCGAGGAGCUUCAGUACAAAGUCUUGCGGGGCUGUCCCGGCACCCUGGUGUGUGUGUGUGUGUGUGUGUGUGUGUGUGUGUGUGUGUGCCGCUGCUAUUGAAGGCUCAUGAGAGGGGGGGUUGCAUACAUUUUUGUAAUGGGGGCCUCCACAAUUUAGUUGCCCCUGGGCCCCCACAACCCUUAAUCCGGCCCUGCCCGCCGCCCUGUAAUGCAAAGCUCCCAGAGCUCAACACACCGCCCUGUUCCAGCCUGCUACUGCUCCGCCUCCACCUCUGAUGCAGAGCUGGCCCCAGGCCAUACAUGCCAACACUCCCGCAUUGUGCGGGAGGCUCCUAGUGUCCCACUGCCCCCACUCAAAUCCCACUCAAUCUCCCGGAUUCCCCCCAUGGCUGAAUUCUGGACCGCAAAAGGUCCACACCACAUGCGAUGAGGGCGGAGCUUGACGGACGGCGCCGCAGGCCGGCAGAGUCUGCCACCGAUGAUGAGCUAUGGAUGGGACAGUGCAGGCAUGGAAGCCAAACACCACAGCGCUUCUCUCUUGCGGCAGCAGCAGUGGCGGAUCCUUACCCGUUUCCCCUCCUGUGUGCGCUGGGAUCGACGGCAAGUGAUUGAGACAUCAGGGUAGGGGAAUGAGUGAUCUUGGAGCUGGCCUGGUGUGCAGGAUGGACAGUUCAGAGGCUACUGAGAGCUCGGAUGAAAGGCUGCAGGAGGAGGAGACAUUGGCAUGGCCAGGCAUCAUCUGGACGAUGUUAUCUCCUACAUGAAUAGUGAUUACCGACUGAAGACGCCGUCUGCCUCAGAGGAUACAUUUCUCCAGAGGUUCCACAUUGUGAGAAACCAUCAUACAGAGGUGUGAAACCAGGAUCUUUCAAAAUCAACAAAUUAAAUUUAGCUCUCAAGAAAAGACUGACUGGAAAUGCCGGCACUGCAAGUAAAGGGCUAUGCUGGCAGCUGAGGGGAUUGUGGUUCCCGUGUUGGCAGACUCUCCAAUAGUUGGAAUGGUGGCCUUGCUGACACAUUUGAUAUGCGUCGUUGUGGUGGUGACUCCUGUUGUGUGCACCAACUUGAAAAGGCUGAUGAAGGAUCUAAUGAAGGAACGAGAUGUGAUGCAGAAAGCCAGCAACCCCUAUGUCCUCCGCCUGUUAGGCUGGUACCAGAAACCGGAAAGUGAUCUGUUAGAAUAUGGACUGGUCAUGGAGUACAUGCCUAAUGGUUCUCUGCGUUCUCUGUUUGACAAUAUCUGUGAUGUCCCCUGGGCUCUGAGGUUCCAAAUUCUCCACCAGGUGGUUCUGGGAAUGAACUAUCUCCACAGCCUUGAUCCACCUAUAAUUCAUCGAGACCUAAAGCCCUGCAAUGUACUUUUAAAUAAGCACUUAGAUGUCCAGAUUACAGAUUUUGGGUUGUCCAAGAUUGUUGGAGCCACCACCAGCACUGCAGCACCGUGUUUUGCUGGAACCUUGUCUUACAUGGCGCCGGAAGCUCUGAAUGACAUAAAUUACAUUCCCAACAAAGCUUAUGAUGUUUACAGCUUUGGAAUCUUAACAUGGACGGUUUUCUCAGGAGAAGAGCCUUAUCCUGGUAUACACGCGGCCGUAAUCCAGCGGUGUGUGUCUGAGGGACAGAGACCCAGGGCGAGUGUUCUAGAUCAGUAUAAUGAGGUCAAAAUGGUGCCUGAAGCCAAGGAGUUAAUGAUCAGAUGCUGGAAUCCCAACGCAGAUGACAGACCCAGCUUCCAUGACUGCAGUGAAUCUACAACAGAGAUGUUUGACGCGUAUCAGGAUUCGAUUGUUAGUGCUGUACGAAGUCUCCAAGAUAGUCUCAAGAAAAUCUCUUCUUCAGAUCAGUUAUCAGAUACAAGUGACUACAGUAGCAGUUACCCAGAGGAUUUAUUCAGAGAAAUUGCUGGAGGAGUAACUGAAGAAGCCAAACAGCCUGGCACGGUUAACGAUGGAGACCAGUUAGAACUUCAGGAGCCAGGGCACACAGACAGCAAGGUGGCUCAAGAUACAUCUACAGAAGCCACUAUAAAGGAAGAAGAUGUUUCUGGAAAAGAAGAGGUCAUGAACAAGAUUGUAAAGGUUAUCAAGAAUUCCGGUGACUACAGAAAGGUCAUGGACAAGUUUAACACUGAGGGCAUCAUCACCAGUACGGACCAGAAGCAGCUGGACUCCAGCAAGACACUGAAAGACCUUGGGCAUCACACUGAGAAACUUAUACUUACCAAGUUCAUAGAGAAGCCCCACAAGAUUAUACCCGCUAUCAAGUCAAUAUUUGGCUAAUGGAUAUGAAUUGAAUAAUGUUGAAUUGAAUAAUGCGGGAGGACAUUUGCUGAACCGCCUCAUUUACAGCAAAGUAGAAGGGAAAUUAUACUAUCUACAGUAUUAUAAGGACUUAUUAAGCCCAUUGCUACAGCUAAGUUGUGUAGAGGCCAUGCCACUUACUGUUGGUAUAAUAUGACAAGACUAAUAAGAGACUUCCUGCCUAAUUGCUAUGUUACUAGUAGGUCAGUCAGAUGUGGUCCUGAUACUGACGGAAGACCGGGACCAGUGGUGAAUUUCCCAUUAGGCAUGUGAGGCACGUGUCUAAGGGCGGCACUUGUUUGGGGGGCGGAACUUGGAUGUGUUGGUACUGUCAGCCCAAAAUGUACCAGUAACUGCAAAAUAUUUCCACUGUAAUGUACCAUAUGCCAUCUUGAAUGGAGUGUAAAUGGGUAGGACAUGCACAUAUAGUACUGCCCUUGUAAGCUGUCCACCUUAGUAAAUAUGUAUACUGUGCAUUGAAAUGUCACAGUUAGUGGCUUUCUUUAUUAUUCUAUUAAAUUGUCUAUAAUCAAAUGAGGGCUUUUAACCAAUCAAAACAAAUAAUAAAAUUAGGCAGGUGGGGGGCGGCCGUUACUGUUGUGCCCAGGGGCGCCCUCACCAUUAAAUCCGCCCCUGACCGACACUAUCAUUUCUUUCCAAUAAAGAUGGCCGAUCAGCUUGCAACAUCCUUUUUACAUACUCAGAAAUCACUGCACUGAAAGUUAGUUCAACGUAACUUUGCUAAACCACAGGUGUGCUUGUGGUACUUAUGGUAAGUACAGGCUUGUAUUUUUGUUCACAUUACAGUGUGAACUUCGCUGAUGUUCAUGGGUAAUGUGUUUGGUAAGGUUCAAUGAAAUGGCAGAUUCCCAUGUCUCAGUGUACAGCAGUGUGUGCAUCAUGUACCUGCAACUAUCGUUUUGCAGAUUAUCCUAACGUUCCUACGUUUUUUUCUAAAACUCAACUGAAGUCCAACAUUUCAAUGCUUAUAUAUGAAGGUAAAAUAAACAGUUCAGAGGUAUCCUGACAUUCGAUUAGAGCUUCUAUUAUGCAGUAAAGCUUAAUGAACACAUGUAGCCUCACCCCACAACUUGAAAGGCUGUGAUGCUAGACAAAAAGCUGAAAUUUCAGUCAGUUAAGUUUCCAUGACAUCACAGAUCAUGAGUUUCAUGCCACCAACCCACAGUGUAUUUUUUAAAUAAAUGUAAAGGGAAGAGGGAGAUUUUGUGUUUAUUUAUUAUUAUAUUAAAGUUAUUUUUAUGCUUU